AUGGGUGGAGCCAACAGAGAAGGCGGCAAGGCCAAGCCUUUGAAGCAAGCAAAGAGGCAGGAAAAGGAACUCGACGAAGAUGACAAGGCUUUCCUCGAGAAAAAGCGGGCAGACGAAAAGGCGCGCAAGGAGCUGGCAGCCAAGGCCGGCGGCAAGGGUCCUCUCAACACGGGAACCCAGGGUAUCAAGAAGAGCGGCAAGAAAUAG